ACGGCUGUAUCGGACGCCUUUCUAACUCUGAGUAUCGAGGCGGAGUCAAGACCACCGCAGAUCUUCAACAUUACCAUACCCUUUCGCGACCGUGCACGUAAUUUCAAUUUUUACGAACCCCUCUACCUGGGUGGUAUGCCGGUGCAAAAUAUGGUGCGACGGCGAGAGAAGAUGAUUUCGAAACAUGGCAUCCAGGUUUGUAAAGUGUUGUUGUCGCCCUUGUGA